GACCCAACCGGCCGGUAAAGGGCUUUAGCGGCGUGUCGGUCUGGCUGUAGUGUGUGGUAGGUGUGUGCGCUGAAAAAUGGCGGAUACAGUGACACUUUUCACUUCCAUUGGGCUCAGUGAACAAAAAGCAAAAGAAACAUUGAAAAACGAAGCACUUACUUCUGCUCUUAAGGAUGCAAUUGCCCAGGCCCAGGUUGUCAAUGGAGCCACAGGAGUGGACAAAGCCAUGGGAACAAUGCUGUACAGCAUGGUAUCCCGUCUCAAAGAUACCAAACGCCUGACAUUUCUCGCAGACCACAUUGCCCGGCACAAAAUAUGCACAGAACUUCAACUAGCUGCUGCUCUUGAGUUUGUGAAGAACCAUCCUCAGGACCCCAUCAACCAGGCAGAGUUUGAGAAUGUCUGCGGCGUGGGUGUGGUGAUCACCCCCGAGCAGAUCGAGGAAGCGGUGGAAGUGGUGAUCAACAAGCACAAGGAACUACUGCUAAAGGAGCGGUAUCGCUACAACAUGGGGCUGCUCAUGGGAGAAUCACGCACUGCUCUUAAGUGGGCAGAUGGAAAGAUCAUCAAGAAUGAGGUGGACGUGCAGGUUCUACACCUAUUGGGCGCCAAAACAGAGGCUGACCUAGAAAAGAAGACCAAGCCUCAGAAAGCGAAAACCUCGGAGAGUGAGGUGAAGGCAAAGAAAGAAGAGGUGGCCGUCAAUGGCGAGGUCCAGUCUGAAGGGAAAUCUCUAAUGGAGCAACUGAGGGGAGAGGCGCUGAAGUUCCAUAAAACUGGAGAGAACUAUAAGACGGAGGGCUAUGUGGUUACGCCAAAUACCAUGGACCUGCUUAAAAAGCACAUGGAGAUUACCGGUGGACAGAUUCGUACCCGCUUCCCUCCUGAGCCUAACGGUAUCCUCCACAUUGGACAUGCCAAAGCCAUCAACUUCAAUUUUGGUUAUGCAAAGGCCAACGACGGGAUUUGUUUCCUGAGGUAUGAUGACACAAACCCAGAAAAGGAGGAAGAGAAGUACUUCACUGCCAUCAAGGACAUGGUGGGGUGGCUCGGUUACGAACCAUACCAAAUCACCCACGCAUCGGACAACUUCCAGCGCCUUUAUGACCUCGCGGUGGACCUGGUCCGUAGAGGUCACGCCUAUGUGUGCCACCAGCGGGGGGAGGAGCUCAAGGGCCACAACGCCCCCCCAUCCCCAUGGAGAGAGCGCCCCAUGGGGGAGUCGCUGGUUUUGUUCCAGAGGAUGAAGAAAGGGCUUUUCGCCGAGGGCGAGGCGACACUGAGGAUGAAGAUGGUCAUGGAAGACGGGAAGAUGGAUCCUGUUGCCUACCGUAUUAAAUACACCCCACAUCAUCGGACAGGAGAUGCAUGGUGUAUCUACCCAACCUACGACUACACUCAUUGCUUGUGUGACUCUAUUGAGAAUAUCACACAUUCACUUUGUACCAAGGAGUUCCAGGCAAGACGGUCCUCGUAUUUCUGGCUAUGCAAUGCUCUGGAUGUUUACUGCCCAGUGCAGUGGGAAUACGGACGGUUGAACCUCACCUACACUGUCGUAUCCAAGAGGAAAAUCAUCAAGUUGGUAGAGACAGGAGUUGUCAGAGACUGGGAUGAUCCUCGCCUCUUCACACUUACCGCACUGAGGAGGAGAGGUUUUCCGUCUGUGGCCAUCAACAACUUCUGUGCCAGGGUGGGAGUAACGGUUGCCCAGGUCACCAUGGAGCCCCACCUGCUCGAGGCCUGUGUGAGAGAUGUCCUGAACGACACGGCACCGAGGGCCAUGGCCGUCCUGGAACCCCUGAAAGUCACCAUCACCAACCGCUCCGCAGACUUAAAGUCCGAUGUCCAAGUUCCAAACUUCCCUGCCGAUGAGGCUAAAGGCAGCCAUGUGGUUCCAUUUACAAACAUUGUCUUCAUUGAACAGAGUGACUUCAGAGAGGUAAUGGAAAAGGGCUACAAGCGUUUGACUCCAGACCAGCCAGUAGGCCUGAGACAUGCUGGCUAUGUCAUCACUGUGCAAAAGGUCAUCAAGGAUGCUCAAGGUAAAGUGGUAGAGUUGGAGGUGAGCUGCUGUGUUUCAACUGAAGCUAAAGAGAAACCCAAGGCUUUCAUCCAUUGGGUCAGCCAGCCCCUCAAGUGUGAAGUGCGCCUCUAUGAAAGGCUGUUCUUGCACAAAAAUCCAGAGGAUCCGUCUGAAGUUCCUGGGGGAUUCCUGAGUGACAUCAACCCUCAUUCUAUGGAGGUGAUCGACAGUGCCUUGGUUGACCGCUCAGUCGCAGGAGCAAAGGUUUUAGACAGAUUCCAGUUUGAGAGGAUGGGAUACUUCUCCCUGGACCCUGACAGCACAGCUGACAAGCUGGUGUUCAACCGAACGGUCACCCUGAAGGAAGAUCCUGGGAAGAUCUAAUGGACUGAGAUCUUGUUGCACAUCCUGCUUCCUGUAGGCUUGUUUGCAUCAUUAAUUUUGGAACAUCAACUGAAACUUAAUUAUAUGUAAUAUGACCAGCCUAAUUCUAACUACAUAUUGUUGUAUUUAUUAGUGGGUAUAUUUCUUAACUGUUUCAAAAGUUACAUAAUACAAUUUUAAAUUUUACUUUCCGGACUGGAAAAGCAUUAUGCAUUUGGAAGUUAGCCUCACACAAGUGACCAGAAGCAUUUUUCCAUCUGCUGCAAGGAUAUUAAUUUAUUUUUCUGUUCUGUUAAAUGAAUUUACCUUUUUAUCACAGUAAGGGUAUCCUUCAAGUUUCAAGAUGUUUAAUCAUGUUGGUGCGCUUAAAUGCGUUAUGGUUUUCUAACUAGGGUGCUGUCAAAUACAGUAACCUGUGUUUUUGCAGCAUUUGAGAGGUGGCACAAGUGUCAAUUUAAAAAAAGACCUCAAAUAAAAUAAGCUGACGUAUGCAUUAAUUA